AUGGAAUUCACUGCAGCUGUGAUGGGGUUUUUUGAGUCAGCACGACUGCCAGCAGAAGCUAAUGUCACAUGGGUAGCGUUGGCUAUGAAAUUCGUUGGUGCUAAGGAGAUAAAAGAACUAAGACCUAUCAGUAUGGUGGGAUGUGUCUAUAAGCUGAAGAAGAAGAAAUCAGCGAUUAUUAAACUGGAUUUCCAAAAAGCAUAUGACAGAGUCAAAUGGUGCUUUGUUGAUACUGUGCUGGAGAAGAUGAGCUUCGGAAGAAAAUGGAGGGCGUGGGUUAGGGAGUGUGUUACUUUGGCUUCUAUCUCUAUCCUGGUUAAUGGUUCACCAUCGAAACCGUCCAAAAUGGAAAGGGGACUACGCCAAGGAGACCCAUUAUCUCCGUUCUUGUUUGUCCUAGUGGUGGAUGUGCUCAACAGGAUGAUCGGAGAGGCAGUUGCGCAUGUCACGCAUGAGGUUUUUUGGGGGAAGGAUGAUGGUCGACUUGGCAUGGCCCUUGUGAGGUGGGAGCUGGUACAGGCACCGAAGAAGAUAGGAGGAUUGGGGCUUGAACCCAAAUCACUUGCUGUCAACUCAGACGUUACCGAAGAAGGGGGGACCGUGAAAGGACAUAUGUCAUGUGCAAAUAAGGGAUCAACAUGUCAAGCAGAAGAUGAUUGA